GUCCCUUUCCUGUCUCUUCCUCCCCAUAAUUCCCCACCAGGCCCCAAGAGACCCACCCGUGCACCUUCCACCCCUCUUCCAUCGUCCCUCGUGGCAUUGUAGCGUUCUGAGGACCCUGCUGACACACCUCCCGAGAUCUCAAGGCACCCGCCAUCUCUUGGACCCAGAUCCUUCUAGCAGACAACAUCCAUGGGUUCCCGGAAAAAUUCUUGCUCCAAGACAGGUGAAACAUGGGACCUGGAGACUCUGGACAGCUCUAGCCCAGACUCUGCCAAUCACCUGGAAGAUCAAUGGCUGAAAUCCACCCCUAGCCUCAAUGAUGAUGAGCACAGCAUGGAUCUCGUACUGGAAGAUUCCCGGGAGCUGCUGUCCUUAACCUCACCCCCGCCAGGCAGAGAGAUCAUCAGGUAUGAAGUCACUGUGAACCAACGGAACAUCGAAGACAUCUGUCUCUGUUGUGGAAGUCUCCAGGUGCAUACGCAGCACCCCUUAUUUGAGGGGGGCAUAUGUGCCCCAUGUAAGGACAUCUUCCUGGAGACCAUCUUCCUUUACGAUAUGGAUGGGCACCAGAGUUACUGUUCCAUAUGCUGCUUCGGGAAAACCCUGUUCAUCUGUGAGAGCCCCGACUGUACCAGAUGCUACUGUUUUGAGUGUGUGGAUAUCCUGGUGGGUCCCGGGACCUCAGAGCGAAUCAGUGCCAUGGCCUGCUGGGUUUGCUUCCUGUGCCUGCCUUUCACUCGGAGUGGACUGCUGCAGAGGCGAAGGAAGUGGCGUCACCAGCUGAAGGCCUUCCAUGAUCUAGAGGGGUCAAGUCCUGUGAAGAUGUACAAGAUAGUGUCUGCCUGGAAGAGACAGCCCAUGCGGGUGCUUAACCUUUUCGGGAAGAUUGAUAAAGAGCUAGAGAGUUUGGGCUUUCUGGAAAGUGGUUCUGGUUCGGAAGAGGGAAGACUGAAGUACUUGGAAGAUGUCACCAAUGUUGUGAGACGAGAUGUGGAGAGAUGGGGCCCCUUUGACUUCGUGUAUGGCUCGACACAGCCCCUAGGCUACUCUUGUAACCGCUGCCCCGGCUGGUACAUGUUCCAAUUCCACCGGAUCCUGCAGUAUGCUCAACCACCCUCAGGGAGUCAGCAGCCUUUCUUCUGGCUCUUUGUGGACAAUCUACUGUUGACGGAGGAUGACCAGGUCACAGCAGCCCGCUUCUUCCAGUUGGAGGCUGUGACCCUCCAGGACGUCCGCGGCAGAGUCCUCCAGAAUGCUGUGCGGGUGUGGAGCAACAUCCCAGGGUUGAAGAGCAAACACUCGGCCCUAACACCUAAGGAGGAGCAGUCCCUGGAAACCCAGACCAGAACCAGAGGCAAGAUGGCUGCCCAGAAAGUUGACCGCCUGGUGAAGACCUGCCUUCUCCCCCUGAGAGAAUAUUUCAAGUAUUUUUCUCAGAACCCACUUCCUCUUUACAAAUGAAUCAUGAUACAAUGAAAGAAGAGGUUUUCCUAGAACCACAGCCGCCUUCCUCCGGUGGCCUUUUCCCUCGCCAAGGUUUUCUUCCGUUUGCUUGCUUGCCUUUGGGGUUUUCCUGUUUGGUUCCCAAGAUGCCAUGCCUCCCAUGCAGCUCACUGUGUGGGUGGGAGGCGUCCACGUAUGCGGACAAGAUCCUGAUGGGGAUAGCCCACUAUGCAUCUCCAAAAGUGUGUGUGUGUGUA